AUGACGAGAAAGCGAAAGAACUUGGAAUCGGAAGAGGCGCCGGCGGCCAAAAAUCCAUUGGAAGGCUACGGAUUCGCGGAGGAAGAGAAGAAGGAGCCGGAGAAGAACGUCAGAAGUUUUCCGGAAAAGAACGAUCGAUUCGGAGGGAAAGGGAAUCGGGGAGGAUUCAUAAGGAACGACAGGGGACGGGGAAACAACCGACAGUUCAACGGCCGAGACUUCGAGAAGGUUCGCACUUUCAGCUUUCCUUCGGUAUUUCAUUGAUUUCUCAUUUCAGCAAUACGGACGAGUUGGCGACAGGGGAGACUCUUUCCAGAAGCCAGAAGAGCAGCCGUUCAAUGACUCGCGUCCGGACGGAGAUGGCCGCGAAUUCCCGAAGGAAAUUGUCGGAUACCUCCGAAGUAUCGAGCAAAUCAAAAAGAAAGAGGGAAAAAUCGAAGACUUUAUUCUCCAAAAGUGCGCGGAAGAAGUGGCCGGCCAGGAGACUGUGCUCCUCGCGUGGACAGAAGCCGCCGUCGUCGUGGAAGCAGUGUUCGGCAGUUGUCCGCAGGGAGCCGCCCUCUUCAUCGCCUCCAUCUGCCGUCUCAAGCACAAGACACUGGCCGAUCUGAUGUUUGGUGGGGCGAGUGCUCGAACCAUUGAGAACCUCAUUUAUGCAAUGUGUCCGAUCGCCGACGCGGAACACGUGGAACUGCUCCAGAAACUGUCUGGAAUUCUGAUGGACAACUGGGGAGAAGCAGUGACUGUGCAGCCGUCCAGCUUCCUCAUCCGAGCCAUCGUUUGGGUGUGCGCCGGAUUGUCGGGAAGACCGAAGACCGAAGACGAGAAGAAAAGAAUCUACGGAGGACAAGAAAUGAAAGCGAGCCUGAAGAAAGUGUACGAGAAGUUGGCGAUCCUCGCAUUCGAUGAGAAUCUCAAUCGAACGUACGCGGACACUCCGAUCUUCGUCACUGUUUUCCAAGAUUUCAUCGAAGCCGACGGACUGUGGGGAGACAAGCGGGGCGACGAAUACGUGAAGAGACGGCUCGAAAAGGACGACUACGACGGAAUCUCGACGGCUUGGAAGUCUGUGAACGGCUCGCGUGUCUGGGAGAAACUGAUGGAGACGUGCUCUGAGGAUGCUCGCAGCCUUCUGUGGCUAGAGUUCUGCAGCAAAAACAUCGAGGAGUUGACGGACAACAAGUAUGCCAACUUCCCACUUCAGAAGAUGAUCAACAGUUCGACAUCGCUCGAAAUGGUCACUGAGAUCAUGGAAACGAUGUCUCCGAAGGCGUCGGCUCUCUUCGAACACCAGAAUUCCGGUGUCUUCCUGUCGGUUCUCAAAUGUGCCGCCCGUUUCCCGUCCGCCGAAAAGUCGAUCCUUCAACAAUUGAGAAAGUAUUUCCGAGCGGCGACCGAAGCAAAGAAAGGACAAUUCCUUCUGAAUGCGCUCACAUUGAACGGAUACGACGGACACUUUGACACACAGAAGUUUACGCAGAAAGUGAGGCACUAACCGGAGGAUCUUUUUAAAAAUGCGUUUUACAGGGUACUAUGCUCGUCUCGGAGCUCGUCAACUUCUCGAAAACCAAAACAUUAGGUACUGGCUUCGAACAGCUUUCACCGCAUCAAAUUCAGCAAAUGGUAAUUGAAUUGAGAGACGAGUAUUAUGAAAAAAAAUUCAUUUUUCAGUCAUGCAAUAAGUAUACUUCUCGUCUGAUUCAGGCGGUUUUAGCGAGCAAAACAAUGCCAGAAGAGAUCAAAAACAAGAUCAUUGAAGCAUUCGACGUGAGUCAAUCAGGAGUUAACUUUUAGGAAACAUCAGUUUUCAGAAAGACUCGUGGGAGACACUGAUCACGGACACUUACGGUAGCCGCGUCUUCGAGAAGAUCUGGGAUCACGUGGAAGUGAAGCGAAAGCAGGAAAUUAUGAAAGUCCUAGUCGGAAUUCAUGUAAGAAACAGUAAUAUCCUACGAUUUGCACAAAUUUUGCCUAUUUCAGAACUCGUCAAAGUUCUGGAAGUUUGCAAUGCUCCGCUGUGAGUGCUACUCGUUCCGGAAGAAUCGAAAAGAAUGGGUGGACAAGAUGAAAAAGUCAAAGAAAUGA